AUGCUUCUGAAGUACAUCCAGCACGUGCCCGCCGCGAUCUUCAUCACAGUGCUUUCUGAUGUGUACGCCUUCUCUUUCGGCCUGAUUUUGGUGCCUGUGGCGACCGGACUCCCCGUCUCGUCUGGACUGUCCAUCUACCUCCUGUCGGUCGUGUGCGGGCAGCUGGCAAUGAGCUUACUCAGCGGCUUCAAGCACGCCUCCUCCGGCGCCGCCUACGAGCUGGCCCCGCUCCUUGUGGACAUUGCUCUGACAGUGACGCCCUUUUGCGAGUCUUCGGCUGCGAUGGCGUCGACUCUUCUGGUCGCAAAUGCGCUGACCAGCGCCCUCGUGGGCACCCUCUACAUCGCCGUCAGCUGGCUGCGCCUUGGAGCUGUUUUCAGGUGCGUCCCCAACAUCGUGCUCAAGGCUGCGCUGACCGGCGUCGGCAUCUUCAUGAUGCUGUCAGGGAUGGAGAUGGGCGUCGGUGGCGAGGUCGGCGCGCUCGCGACGGCCGGCGGGCUCGCGCGCGCGAUUGGCUCCCUCGCUGCCUUCGCCGGCCUCGCGCUCACCCAGCGCAUCUUCGGCGGCUCGGCAGCUGCGCUGGCCUACCUGGGCGGCCUCUCGCUCGCCUCCAACGCGAUGCCGCUCGUCGGCCUGCCUGCCCUCCCUCCCGACUGGUGGUUUGGAGGCCACGGAGCGGCGGACGCGGCCGACGCGGCCGACGCGACGGAGGACCAGCCCAGUGCCUGGGCGAAGGCGUUCGGCCUCCUCAGCCUGCUGGACGUGUCUCAAGUGUCGGCGGCUGCGCUCCUGGCGGCGCUGCCUCACGCCCUCUCGUGUGUCCUCGUGCAUGCCCUCGUGACGAUCAUGGACCUGGCCACGAUUGAGGCGCUCGCCUCCGCCGAGGCCUCCGCCGACGAGCCCGUGCCGCCCGCCGCCUUCGAUCUCGAUCGAGAGCUCGGCGUGAUUGGCUUCGCCAACUUGCUUGCUGCGGCCGCCGGGGCGAUGCCGUGCUACAUGCAGCUCACGCCGAGCACGGCCAACCUGCGCCUCACGCGCCACAUGGCAGGCCGCGCAGGGCCGCUGGUGUGCGCCCUCACCGCCGCUUCGCUCUUCGCGCUCAAGGACAUCGCCGGCGGCAGCCUAUCCCUCUACCUCGAAUGCAUCGCGGCUUACAGUUCGCUCGAGAGGACACGUAGACGUAGUCUGCUUGGUUUCGUCGUGCACGGCGGUGUGGACGCGCUCCAGAGGACGGCGGACCCGGUCGACGCCUUGCUUGUCGUCGCGGUGCCCGCCUUGAUGCUCACGAUGGGCUUCCUGCCCGGGCUGCUCUGCGGUCUGCUCGCCGCGUCCGGCCACUUCUUAAUCAUGUACUCCCAGACGCCCAUCCUGCGCGUCUACUCGGGGGCGGACGCCCGGAGCCUCGGCUCAAACACGGUGCGCUCGGCCGCCCAGCGCGCGAUCCUGGACUCCCAGCUGCCGCGCUGCGUCUCUCUCAUCUCCCUGCACGGCUACCUCUUUUUCGGAUCGGCGCCGCAGCUCUCACAUGCCGUGGCAAAGCUACUGAGCGCGCGCGAGGCGGCGGCGGCAGCAGCAACGGGCGAGCCGAGCACAGAGCACACGAUGGCCAUGACACCACAGGCCGGCAGGCUUUGGUUCGUCAUCGUCGACUUGCGCCACGUGCUCGGCGUCGACUUUGGCACCGUCGAGGAGCUCGUGAAGCUGCGUGCAGCCAUCGAGCGCGCGGGUGGUGCGCUGCGAUGCGCGGCGCCGCCGAAGCACGUUGCGGCCGCCAUCGAGCGGAGUGCGCGCGGCACGCUGGGCAGGAUGCUCGGCUUCGACGAGACGUUGCGCGAGUGCGAGGAGUCGGUCCUGCGCGCGCACGCGCCAGCUGGCGGCGCUGCGGCGGUGGCGCUGGCCGGCGUCGUGGAGGCCUCCCUCCUGCUCGCGCUCUCCCCGCACCUCAUCAGACAGCCGUCAGCGGACAGCGUGUCGAUGGUGCGCACACUGCUGCAGAUGGGCGAGCGCUGGCGCGUUGUGGGCGGCCAGCAAAUCUGGACGCAGACGGAGUUCGCGAGCUUCUACGUCAUCGUUCUCUCCGGCGAGCAUGAGCUCCGUCGCGACGGCCACUUGAUCGAGAUUGCCGUGCCGGGUGCUAUGCUGGGCUUUCUGCAGACCCUCGCCCGGGGCACGCGCCAGACGUCCCUCACGUGCACCUCCGCCGGGGAGAUGCUCGUGGUGAGCGCCGGGCUGCACGCGCGGCUGCGCAAGGAGCAGCCGCGCCUCGAGCGCCUCCUCUCGGAUGCGAUGCUGGCGAGGCUUGCCGACGAGUACCGCCACUGGAUCCUCCACCACGCGGCUCGAGCCGACGGGCCCUCGCGCGGUUCGGCCGCGGAGCCCGGGCAAGCAGUCGACCUCUCCCUAUCCGUCAAGAGGUCCGCCCAGCGGCUGGUGCAGCUGCGGGACAGCGCCGAGCAGGCCGACGUUUAA